AUGCCUGUCAACGACACCGACUAUACGUUGUCUUCUCUCUUCUCUUCUUAUCGCUACACACUGGCCUAUGCACUCCCACUCUUACUGUUGUCUAUUGUGCUCACCUUCGCCGGCGCUUUUUUCACUGUCGAUCGGAGUCACACCUUUGCGCCCCAGAAUGAUGUCGUCCGAUCCCCGUCAAGUACAAACAGCAUGCUCAAGAAACUGGGGAUCCGCCUCCGCAAUAUAUUCUUGCUAGAAGGCGGCAUCGGUGGACUCGCCUCGGGCUAUGUGUUUGGAGGUAUGCACUUGUCAGUCACUGUUACUGUGGACGAGUCCUCAAUUGGAGCAGUACAUCUUUCGACUUUCCUUGCGCUUAUCGUUCCCAGCAAGACUAAUCAGGCACCCUUGAGUGCUGCCUCCUUCCUUCCCGUAUGGAUCAUUUCUGCACUUGUCUGUACUCUGCUUGCUGGUAGAUGGAAAUAUGCCGCCCUUGCAGCUGCGGGAAUUGCAGGAUAUAUCCUUGAGUUCAACGCUAGCACACUCACAUCCAUCCUCACGCUCGUUGGGGCUGUCAUGUGUCUCAUGCCUUUGCAGAAGUACCAGCACGCCUUUCUCAGAGUCGCAACGUCUCCUGUGGGCGCGUUCGGUAUGACUUUGAGUAUUGUUUUGUUUGCGUGCAUAUCUCUGGAGCGAUUAUGGAUUAGUUAUGGUGACGGGUGGAAUAUGUCGCAAGAAAAAGGACUGAGCGCUGCAUACUGCAUUUUUCUGCUAAUGGGUGCCGCCUGCGACUGGUUCCUCCACAAUAAGCUGGGCGAAAAUCCCGAUCAGAAAUGGGAUACGUAUCUCACCGAGUGUGCUGCUACCUUACCAAACGAAGCAGGUCACGCGGGUACCUUUACGCCAUUGACUUCCUUCUGGUCGCAUCAUUUUGGGUACAAGGACUUGGACCCCAUUGCCAAGGACAUUGUCUUUACGACUGAUGCCGAGUUGAGAUUCUCCAUUCCUUUGCCUCAUUUGCUGCAGAAGAGGAGCUCUUCAUUCACACCGAGCUCGCCAACAGAAGGCUUCGAGUCCCCCAAGUGA